AUGGGUAAAGGCAAAAAGCAGCGCAUCCAAGAAAAGAAAAGCAAAAAAAACGAAGAAGAAGAAAGUGAAGAGAUUAAGCAUUAUCAUGAAGAUGAGCUUGACUCUGAAGAAGAAAAGCCUCUAUCAGUUGAGCAGCAAGCUUACGUUGACUUUGGUUUUAACCAAAUGGAGAAAGGUGAGCUUCUAAGAUUAUGAGAAGAAACGGAAGACAUGGAUGAGAUCAUUGCUCUCACCGCUGCUACAGAUCCAGCAGUCCGUUUAAAGGCAACUCGAGAAAUGUGCCCAUGUCAUGUCAAAGCUGACAGAGAAGAAUUUUGGCAAAGAAUUCUUUCUCUCUCCACUGACAAAGAUGAAACAAUUCGAUAUCAAGUUUUACAUAAUCUCUGUGAUGGUUCACCCCCUCACCUUGAAAAGAAGGUUGUUGAUGCUUUGGAAGUAUUUAACAGAGAUCCUAAUAAGAAAAUUAGGAGGGCUGCUCAUAAAGUCCUUGGAAGCUACCUCCACACUGGUGAAUGGAAUGUAAUGUAGGCUUAAGCCUUAAUUGUUAUCAUUUUCAAUAAUAA